UGGAGGAUGGAGGUCAGGAUGCAUCCCUAUUAAAAAACCCAGCAACUGGCGUCCAGGGCAUCUGGUGGAAAGUGGGAGGCAGGAAGGAGAAGGCUCAAGCUCCUUUGGGUGGGUCUGCCAGGGCAUUUAAUUUCCGGUAUUUGUUCGUUGGUACCCAGCGCAAAGCUUCGAAUCUCAAACCCAGUGAGUGGUGCCGUGGUCCUUAAAGGACUCAGCUCAGCCAAGCGGUUUUUUAACACUUCUCAGGGGCUUUCAUAACUUCUAUCCUGUGAGCUGCCAAGGCAGAGAGGUGCAUCUAAUUCCAUCCACAUUUCUCCAGAGAUUGCAAAACACAGACAGGACGACCGAGAGCGGGAGGGACGGGUGCCAGGCGGGAGCCGCCAGACAGGGCUGUGGUGUGUGCCUCUUGGCACCAGCAGCCUAGACCGUCCCCCGCGUUGGCACCGAGAGCCCGCGCCUGGGGCUGACAGCCCAGGGCAGGGUGGAGGUCAGGCGACUGAGCUCCUAGCGCUCAUCGCCUCUGGCGCUCCCAGCCUUUGCUCUGGGGGGCGGGGGUAGGGGGGAACCCCUCGGGUCGCUGUGCAGUCCUGCGCCUGAGCCCCGGACAGCAGGGCGGCGGUGCAAGCGUGGGAGGGGGCUCUAGGACUCUGGCGGCCCCGCCCCGCCCCCUCCGCGGGGACCCAGAGCCCAGCAUGGACCACACUCGGAGCCGCAGCCAUGGCGCUCGCCCGCUGCGUGCUGGCUGUGAUUUUAGGGGCAUUGCCCGCACUGGCCAGCGCUGAUCCCGCCUCACGCUCGCCCCUGCACGGCCCGCACCCGUCUCCACUGCGUCCCCAGCACCACGUCCCCAGCUCGCGCCGGCCACCCAGGACCUCGCGCUUCCCCUUCCCGCCCCGGGACCCCGCCGCCCAGCGCCCGCAGGUCCUCACCGCCCGGCACACGCCCCCAACGCUUCCACGCCGCUGCGGGGCAGGAGAGCCGUGGGGCAACGCCACGGUCCUCGGAGUCCCGUGUCUGCACUGGGACCAGGUGCCGCCCUUCCUGGAGCGGUCGCCCCCGGCCAGCUGGGCUGAGCUGCGAGGGCAGCGGCACAACUUCUGCUGGAGCCCCGAUGGCACGGGCAGACCUUGGUGCUUCUAUCGGAACGCCCAUGGCAAAGUGGACUGGGGCUACUGCGAUUGUGGUCAAGGUCCAGUGUUGCCUGCCAUUCGCCUUGCUGGUGGAAACAGUGGGCACGAAGGUCGAGUGGAACUCUACCACGCUGGCCAGUGGGGGACCAUCUGUGAUGACCAGUGGGACGAUGCAGAUGCAGAAGUCAUCUGCAGGCAGCUGGGUCUCAGUGGCAUAGCCAAAGCAUGGCAUCAGGCACAUUUUGGGGAAGGAUCUGGUCCAAUAUUGUUGGAUGAGGUACGCUGCACCGGGAAUGAGUUGUCAAUUGAGCAAUGUCCAAAGAGCUCCUGGGGAGAACAUAACUGUGGCCAUAAAGAAGAUGCUGGAGUGUCUUGUGUCCCUCUGACAGAUGGGGUCAUCAGACUCACCGGAGGGAAAAGCGGCCAUGAAGGUCGCUUGGAGGUAUACUAUAAGGGACAGUGGGGAACAGUCUGUGAUGACGGAUGGACUGAGGUGAACACAUACGUGGCUUGUCGACUGCUGGGAUUUAAAUACGGCAAACAGUCCUCUGUAAACCAUUUUGAAGGCAGCAACAGGCCCAUAUGGCUGGAUGACGUCAGCUGCUCAGGGAAAGAAGCCAGCUUCCUCCAUUGUGCCAGGAGACAGUGGGGAAGGCAUGACUGCAGCCACAGGGAAGAUGUGGGCCUCACCUGCUACCCUGACAGCGAUGGACGCAGGCUUUCUCCAGGUUUUCCUGUCAGACUAAUGGAUGGAGAAAAUAAGAAGGAAGGACGUGUGGAGGUUUUUGUCAAUGGCCAGUGGGGAACAAUUUGCGAUGAUGGAUGGACGGACAAACACGCAGCUGUGGUCUGCCGGCAGCUUGGCUAUAAGGGCUCCGCCAGAGCAAGGACCAUGGCUUAUUUUGGGGAAGGAAAAGGACCCAUCCAUAUGGAUAACGUGAAGUGCACGGGUAAUGAGAAGACCCUGGCCGACUGUGUCAAACAAGCCAUCGGAAGGCACAACUGCCGCCACAGUGAGGAUGCAGGCGUCAUCUGCGACUAUUACGAGAAGAAGGCGCCAAGCAGUGGUCAUAAAGAGAUGCUCUCACCGGGGUGUGGACUGAGAUUAUUGCACCGUCGACAGAAGCGGAUCAUUGGUGGGAACAAUUCUUUAAGGGGUUCUUGGCCUUGGCAGGCUUCCCUCCGGCUGAGGUCGUCCCAUGGAGACGGCAGGCUGCUUUGUGGAGCCACCCUUCUGAGUAGCUGCUGGGUCCUGACAGCCGCACACUGUUUCAAAAGGUAUGGUAACAACUCGAGGAGUUACGCAGUUCGAGUUGGGGAUUAUCAUACUUUGGUACCAGAGGAGUAUGAAGAAGAAAUAGGGGUUCAACAGAUUGUGAUUCACAGGAACUAUCGGCCAGACAGCAGUGACUACGACAUUGCCCUGGUGAGAUUACAAGGACCAGGGGAGCAAUGUGCCAGACUCAACAGCCACGUUUUGCCAGCCUGUUUACCUCUAUGGAGAGAGAGGCCACAGAAAACAGCCUCCAAUUGUCACAUAACAGGAUGGGGAGACACAGGUCGUGCCUACUCAAGAACUCUGCAACAAGCAGCUGUGCCCUUGCUACCCAAGAGGCUUUGUAAAGAGCGUUACAAGGGACUGUUCACUGGGAGAAUGCUCUGUGCUGGAAACCUCCAAGAAGAUAACCGUGUGGACAGCUGCCAGGGAGACAGUGGAGGACCACUUAUGUGUGAAAGGCCUGAUGAGACCUGGGUUGUGUAUGGGGUGACUUCCUGGGGUUAUGGCUGCGGAAUCAAAGAUACUCCUGGUGUUUAUACCAGAGUCCCUGCCUUUGUCCCUUGGAUAAAAAGUGUUACCAGACUGUAAUUUAUGGGAGGCAUAAGAAACAGUAAAGAAACUGAUGGGAAGUA